AUGACCAAAUCAAUUCUCUCCGUCAACGCCGGCUCCUCAUCCGUCAAAAUCACCUUCUACACACUCGAAAACCCCCCCAGAACACUCGCCAACGCCCAGGUGUCCGGCCUCACAGCACCACCCCCAACGCUGAAAUACACUAUAGGCGACGCGCAGCAUAAAGAAGAACUCAAGGAUAAGAUAGAAACGCCGCAAGACGGGUUUAAAUUCCUGCUCAAGCGCUGCUUUACCGAUCCGAGGCUUUCUGAGGUCGCGGGGAGCGAGGAUCUCGCAUAUAUAUGCCAUCGGGUGGUGCAUGGGGGGGAUUAUAGCGAGGCGGUGGAGAUUAAUGAUGAGACGUAUCAUCAUUUGAAGAAGUUGGAGGAUCUUGCGCCGUUACACAAUUUCUCGGCACUAGAAAUCAUCCGCACCUGCAGACAGGAUCUGCCCAACGUCAAAAGCAUCACCUACUUCGACAGCGCAUUCCACCAAACCCUCCCCGACUACGUACGAACAUACCCGAUAAACCAAGAUGUGGCCAGACAGAAUGGACUACGAAAGUACGGCUUCCACGGCAUCAGCUACUCGUUCAUCGUACGGUCCGUCGCGGAGUUCCUGCACAAGCCGGUGGAGAAGACGAAUGUGAUCGCCAUGCAUAUUGGGAGCGGUGCAUCGAUGUGUGCGAUUAAGCAGGGGAAAUCGAUUGAUACCACGAUGGGACUUACGCCGUUGGCUGGACUGCCUGGGGCGACGCGGAGUGGGGAUAUUGAUCCAUCAUUGGUAUUUCAUUAUACCAAUGAAGCGGGGAAUCUGAGUCCAGCCAGCACCAAGGAGAUGCACAUUAGCACGGCCGAGGAAAUUCUCAACAAGAAAUCCGGCUGGAAAGUGCUGACUGGCACGACGGACUUUGCCAAAAUUGCCGUCGAGAACCCGCCAUCACGCGAACACAAGCUUGCGUUUGACAUUAUCGUCGACAGAAUGCUGGGGUAUCUGGGGAGCUACUUUGUCAAGCUGAAUGGCGAGGUCGAUGCGGUUGUUUUUGCGGGUGGGAUAGGCGAGAAGAGCGCAUUGCUGAGGAAGACAUUGAUAGAGAAGAGCCAGAGUUUGGGGUUUGCGAUUGAUGGCGAGGCGAAUGAGAAAGAGCUGGAGGAGGGAGAAACCGUAAAGGAGAUAUCGAGAGGGGAGCCGAGGGUGUUGAUAUGCCAGACGAACGAACAGUUUGAAAUGGCAUACAACUGCAUUUUGACGAGGGGUUAA